AUGAUAUUAUAUCGCGAUGAUUGCAAUUCAGUAAAAGAACGUCAUGUUGGAUUGUCAUGCGUAUUUGCACGAAUAGCAUCGGUGAAUCCUUUUCGUAUUGAGGAUUCUGUUGGUUCAUUGGUGUUAGGAUCAGUUGAAGAUGGCAUUUAUGAAGUAGAUGACUAUUGCUAUUUUUUAUUGGAAACUUCGAGUCGACCUUUGCAUUGCAAAAGAGUAACAGUUGUUCCAGCCGAAAUUGAGCCAGUUGCUAUGUUCCAGCUGAAUCAGUUCAGAAGUAUUCAGUGCCUCAAAAGUAUCUCAUAUUUUAUUUGGAUUCAUUUAAUAGUUUGA